CUGCCGGCGCGAGCGCAAAACGAAAAGCCGAUCGUUUGAGGAAAUGAGAAAGGGGGGGGAGGGAAGAGCGAUGAAGAUCCCCCCCCAAGUCAGAUGAUGUGGCAAAGCAAGCUCAUUGCGUUAUCGAGGCCACGCGCCUGGACACUCUAUACUAUAGAGGCUGGUCACCUGUUUACCUGGUACCUGGACGCAUGGAUAUUUUUCGCCAGAUGGAACCACCUCAUUUGCUGUUCAUUCGCUUCUCAGAAAAAGGACACGAUCCUGAAGAAAAAACCCUCGAACGUUGGCUACCGGGGGAAAAGCGAUUCCAUCUUCGGGAAGGAAUGAGGUAGGAAUCACGUGCAUGGACCAAGUGAAUGCAAUUGGAAUCAUUUUAUUCAUCAUUUUUUGUUUUUGCCGCCCUCUAAAUUGCGAUGACCAUGUUAUAAAACCACAAGACUUUAUAAACGGACAUUUCAUCUUUCUCCCCUCUCUCCCAACUAGCAUCCCCCUUUUCUUUCACCCUAUGCUGAACCUCACUAAGCAAUCGGUAAAGCGGUCUCUUUUGCGCCAGGCGGCGGUCGUCACACCUCCGCCGCAACCUCGACAACUUCAAAAGUUUGCACACGAUGUCCCCCAGGAUGAAACAGCUGCUAACGAUUUCAUUCUCUCCAUCCUUCACGCAUCUCCAUCUGCGAGAGAUUCAAAAUUAUAUUUGAAAUCAUUCGGUCCGCAACCCAAACGCUCACCAAAAUCUUCAGACUCAUUAGAGACCUCAUCCACGAUCCCCCCUCCCCAGGAACAUUCCUCCGAGACUCCCUCGCAACAAGAAAAUGGUGUCCUGCCUGAUUCUCGGAUGAAUGUAUCGGCCGAUGCAUCCGCCACCACGGCUACAACUCGGACCGUCACCACUGCAUUCAAGCAAGAGGUCGUCUCUCAGAUUCUUGAUCCCACCACGAGACAUACGGGUCUCAUUAAAAUUCAAGGGCCAUUCAAUGACAUUCAACUCGAGAGUAUAUGCCGUGGAAUGGUUUACCUGGAAAAACUUGGACUGGUGAGCGUCAUUGUCAUCGAGAAUGAUGAAUGGACGAGAGGUAUGGAUGGUGAGAGGAGGAAUGCGAUCGAGGAAGUCAGGAGGGUCGUUAGGAUGCUCGAAAUGCAGGGCGCAAGAGCUAGGCCGAUCGUACAGCCCGUCGCCCGGUUAGGACCUAGACCAGGCGAUGAGGUCGAAGGCGUGGACCUCCCCGAGGCACACGCCCUACCGGAGACUUGGGUGGGAUCAGAAGACCCUGAGGAUUGA